AUGUGCGUCCACACUCGCAGUGCCCGCCCGCCCCAACGCGGAUUCGCCGACCUGCCGCCCGAGAUCCAGGAGUACAUCUUCGACUUUCUACCGCUCGCGGAUCGCAAGGCCGCCGCCUGCGUCAACUCCCACUGGCUGACGUUGGCCUUCUCGGGUAGGUUCCUGGCCCGUACGCGCCUCAAGAUUCCCAGCUGGACCGAGCUGGACAUCUGUUCGCGGAUGCUGCUGGCCAAGAGUGGCCGGAGACAUCGGAACAUCUUUGCCGCGUUCGGGAGCGGGUCUUGCGAGCCGCGCGAUCUGCACCUGCUGUUGGACAUCUUGGUGAGGUUGGCUGAGACGAUCGAGUGCGUGCAGAGUCCGACCAUGUUCAGCUCGCAGCAGCUGACCGCCAUCGUGAACACUUUGCCGCGGUUGAAGGAGCUGGAGGUUGCCGUUGGGGAUGUUUACAACUUUGAACACGAGGGGUUGAUGCAGCUGGCCAGGCUUGUGAAGCCGAUUGCGAGUAGUACCCACUUGAGUGAGAAGAAUUCAUUGACGAAAUUACGAAUGAAACUGUUUUCAUGUAAAAGUCCAAGCUUCUUUGGAAAUUUCCUUAGAAAGAUGUCUGUCAACUUGAGGGAGCUCAGCCUGUACGUAGUCUGUCCGUAUGUCCCACUGAGUAGCGUAGAUUUGCCCAAUCUAACAACACUUCGUAUAUCAGCGCAACAGUUUUCAAUGAAGUCGGACAUGUUGAUCAUCAUGUUCCAAGGAACUCCAAAAGUGAAAAAGCUACGAAUUGAUCAUGACAUCGACAGUCAUGUUUUCGAAACACUUACGCAAAACUGUAGUGAACUGCAGGAACUAAACGUCCAUGUCAAUGUUAGGGACAUUCCCUCGCUGGAAUCCCUGUCGAAACUGCAGAAACUUCGCAAACUGAAACUCGAAGGAUCAUUCACGAGCAAUCAGAUGCGCGCCUGCUCGCCGAUUCCCGGCAUGCGCAAGCUGUACCUUCGCGUCCAUCGGCUGGACAACAUCACAACCUUCUUCCACCAGCUGGAGCGAAUCCUGCCCAACCUGCACACCAUCCACUUUCGCAUCAACAGUCUGCCCCUGUUCAGCAAGCGGAUCGUCCAGCAAAUCACCCGCGGUUUCCAGUCCCUGUCCAAGUUCACCAUCGAGGGAUCCCCGGUCGUAAUGCGCCCGGAGUUGGCGUUUCAGUCACUUCGAGACAGACCCGAUGGAGUGCAGGAGGACGACGAUGACGAACUUGAGACCGAUAGCAAGAUCGGCCGUCUCCGGGUGAGCAACUGUACCGACUUUCGUGACGCAGAUCUGCUCCGGUUGGCUACGACGUUUCCGGAACUGACGUACGUCGAGCUGUGCAAAAGUCGGUGGAUCACCGAGGAGGGACUACGAGUUUUUGCGGAGGUGCUACCGAAUUGUCGGAUCGAAUUAAAUGAUAAAUAA